UGGCGGAUAAAAUAUCUUCCAUGUUUAAAAGCAUUAUGUCACUUAACAUUCUCAUUGUAAAAUAAGUAACAUUUAAAUUUUAUUUUCCUUGGUUUGUAUCAAUAUAUUUGUUUUCUUUAACUAGAAGUAUGAAACCACGAUUUGUACACAAAUAAUUAUUUUACUUCUUAAUCUUUCCUUACUAUUGGUUAAUCAUAGAUGAAUGAGUGGAAGCACCCAAUUAAAAGUAUCUCACUCAGUACCGUGUUUCGAAAUAAAAAGUUUCGCUAUAUAUGUAUAUAUACAUAUGUACAUACAUGUAAUGUGUAGUAAUAAAUUUUAACUGUGAUAUAGAAACUAUGUAUAAUCAUCGUGUAUGACAGAAAUAAGAUAUCGAUAUCUUAAACAAUGUGCAACACGUUCUUUUGGAAUUUCAUAAGUCGCAUUGCUGGGCAUCAUCGAUGACAAUUAGAAAAAUGCUAUGGCGUCCUCAGGAUCACAUAAUGGGGAUGCAGAGACUGAAAGCGAUAAGUUUGAAGUAUCAAAGAUUGAUAGACACGGUUUCCUUCAUGAUUCCAACUGUAGUUCUGAAAGCCUUGGAAAACAUGGAAUACCACCUGAGAUAAUGCUACGAAGAGAACGAAAAUGGAUACAGAUGUUAAACAAUUGGAGUUAUUUUAUGAAUAGAAACUAUCGCAAAGUCAGAGAAAGAUGUAGAAAGGGUAUUCCACCUUCUGUAAGACUUCGUGCAUGGUUAAAUCUCUGUGGAGGCCAAUUGUUGAUGGAUACAAACCCAAAUUUAUUUGAAGAACUGGUAGAAAGGUCUGGUGAUCCAAAAUAUAUAGAUGAUAUAAAAAAAGAUCUUCAUCGACAAUUUCCUCAUCAUGUGAUGUUUAUCGGAGAAGCUCCAGGACAAGAAGAACUCUUCAAAGUGUUAAAGGCAUAUUCAAUUUUGAAUAGCAAAGUUGGUUAUUGUCAAGCUCAAGCACCUAUAGCAGCAUUUUUACUGAUGCAUAUGCCAGCUGUACAAGCAUUUUGGUGUCUUGUUGCGAUAUGUGAUAAAUAUUUAUUCGGUUAUUAUAGUCAAGGAAUGGAAACAUUAUUAAGAGAUGGAGAUAUUUUAUUUGCCCUCCUCAAAAGAGUAUCUCCUAUCGCUUAUAAACACUUGAAAAAACAGAAGAUGGAUCCAAUUUUGUACAUGACCGAAUGGUUCUUAUGUGUGUAUACACGAACACUGCCAUGGGAAAGUAUUCUACGAGUGUGGGAUAUGUUUCUGUGCGAAGGCGUAAAAAUUAUUUUUAAAGUUGGUUUAGUUUUGUUGAAGGGUAGCUUAGGUCGUACAUCUCUUACUAAACGUUGUCCAACGGUUUAUGAAACGCUCCAAUUAUUAAGAAAUCCUCCUCAACAUAUUAUGGAAGAAGAAGCUUUAGUGUAUCAGAUUCGAAAAUUAAAUCUGACCGAAGAAGAUUUUGAAUACGAGCAUCGGCGUCAAGUAUUAAAACGGGAAGCUGCAGAACAAGCAUCUCUUUCCACUGCUAAUCGGACAGACUGACUAAAAAAGUAGGUAGCAUGUAAAAUGAGUAAAGAGCUUACAGGUAUUACUCCAGAGUGUGCCUUCCUCUCUAUAUUCUUCAUAUUGUACAGUUCACAACAUUUAUAUAGCUAUACUUUUACAAGAAUACCUAAUUUCUUUAUUGCAAAUUUAGAUAAUUCUUAAAUAGAAUCGCACACGCAUACAUUCCCUUGAAUAGAUCAAAAUAAAUUAUAUGUCUAUAGUUUUAUUACUAAACUAUGAUUACAAAAAUGCACAAUACUUGUAGAUGUUUAUAGUAGCAAUUAAUAAUGUUGUAUUAUUUAAUAUACAAGGUGUCUGGCUACAGAUGGGCAUCCUUUGAGUUGGCGGUAGCUAGGGUAACUCUGAACAACUUUUUCCGUUACGCGGUAUGCGGGCUCUGAUUGAUGGUAGGUGUUAAGGAAAAAGUUAUUCGAAAUCACUCCAGCUACCACCUCUCAAAGGGUACCUACCUGUAAUCGAAUACCUGGUACGUCUAGUUAUUAACUUUAUACAAUUCUAUUAAUAUUUAUGUACAAAAGAAAACUGUAAGACAUUACAUAUUACAUUUUUUAAGAAUAAAGUUUAGUAUAUUAUAAUGUUA